UUGACCAGAUGAGGAUCACUGUAGUUAGUCCAGUUCCAGCAGCUAUGUCCACAUCGCACUCGUCUAGUAAGUCCAUUUACGAAGCUUAAACCUGUAGACGCUGAUUAGGCGCUGCUUACGGCUUGCAAAAUGCACCUCUCUGGAUUUGCCUUCAUCCUUUCAAUGGGCUAUAUAGGAAUAGUAUUGCCGCAACUUACGCUGAAAAGUAAACGUUGUGAUGAUAGGAAAAUACUAAUAGCUGAAUCCGAUUGCAUGUCAUGUGCUGUAUCUGUGAAGUACUCAUGUCCUAAAGGUUCGAUGAAAAAAACAUAUGGAAGAGGAAAGGCUGGAUGCAGCUAUACAGUGAAUAUGGGAGGAGUGGUCCUAUCAAUGCAAGGCUGUAGUCACACAUGUCAGACUCUGAGUAUAGAACCUAAAUGCUGCAAAGGAUUCUGGGGCACUGCAUGUACUGAAUGUCCCGGGAGCUCUUCAAACCCGUGCAACAAUCAUGGGACCUGCAUGGACGGCCUGCAAGGCAAUGGGACAUGUAUAUGUAAUGAAGGAUUCACUGGUUUCUCUUGCAAUGAAUGCUCUGACCCUUCACUGUAUGGAGCAAACUGUAACUCUGCAUGUCACUGCAAACAUGGAAUUUGUAAAAGUGGAUUUUCGGGAGAUGGAAGCUGUACCUGUGAAGCGGGUUAUAUGGGGUUGACUUGUGAACAAGAGUCCUUAUCCUGCAGCAAAAACAAUUGUGGUCCAAAUUCCCGCUGUGUUGAGUCAGGAGGAUUGCUUAAAUGUGAUUGCAUGCCAGGUUACUACAAAAAGGAAAAUGUCUGUGAGGCCAAGGAUCCAUGUAGACCUUCACCGUGCAGCCCAUACGCUACAUGCAAAUCAUCUGGCCCUAGGCAGUACACAUGUGCAUGUAAAAAUGAUUACUAUGGCGAUGGAAAAACAUGCCUUCCUGUUAAUCCAUGUUCUGUUAACAAUGGGGGGUGCCUGGAAAAUUCAACUAAAUGUGUGCAUAGAAGCCCCGGAAAGUCUUAUUGCAGUUGUUUGCCUGGAAUGACAAGUCGAAAUGCUUCAAUGGGGUGUUACAUACCCAACGUGUGUCGCAUUUCUACUUGUGGUAAAAGUGCACAGUGUGAAGAAGUAUCUCCUGGAGUGCACAAGUGUGCUUGUCAUGAAGGAGAGAUUAGUGAUGGCAGGAACUGCUAUGGAAGCAUUUUAUACGAGAUUCAGAAACUAAAUAUUGAAGACAGCCAAAUGAGGAAACAGCCGGGUGCAAUAAGGAUAUUUGAGGAAGGGUGUGGUUUGACUUUGCGAAAAUAUGGUCCUUUCACAGUAUUUGUUCCCCUACUGACACCAACUCACAUGGAUGAAACAGAAGCAAAACAGAUAUGUAAAGCUCACAUCAUUCCAGGCCAGUACUUGGCAAGUGAUUUGAAAAAAAUGUCUAAAUUGUGGACAAUAAGUGGCGAAUUGCUUGAAUUUCCACAACAGGUUGGAUUCAAACAGGAAUUUUUGAAAGACACUGAAUCUGACAAAAAAUAUAAACUUAGCAAAACAGACUUACCAGCCAGCAAUGGAAUUUUUCAUGUUAUAGAUCAACCUAUAACAACCAACAACAUGGAAAUCAUUGGAAACCCACAGAUGACAAUAGGUGAGAUACUUGCCACAAAAGAAAUAUUUGGUAGAUAUGAAACUAUGUUGGAGAACUGUGGUCUUCCUCCGAUAUUAAAUAGACCUGGCUCCUUCACUGUAUUUGUUCCAAGUAACAAAGCUGUGGAUUCUUUAAGAGAUGGGAAGUUAAUCUAUCUCUUCACUGAGGCAAAGCACAAACUGUUGGAGCUGGUCAAAUACCAUAUUUCAUCUGUGGCUGCUGUUACUGUGGACAGACUUAUUAGUAUGUCACAUAUUUUGACUUCCUCAAAUGAAAUUAUUAAGAUCAAUGUGACAGAAAAUGGGAGAAUUCUGUUUGGAAACCAAGGAAUUCCUCUUGUGCAGAGUGAUAUAGUUGCUUCUAAUGGGGUUAUCCACCUUCUGGAUGGAAUUUUUAUUCCUUCUACGAUAUUGCCAAUUUUGCCAGCAGGAUGCAAUGAGACGGUGGAAGAAUUUAAACAGGGCACGUGUUCCCCGUGUGAUUCUGUGCUGCCCUGUCCAGAUGGCAGUAUUGACACGAGAGUUAAUGCUACCGGAUGUCUCUUUGAAGACCAUGGUAAUAUCACAAAAGGCUGUGCCAGAAACUGCAGACGUCAUGUCGUUGUAAACGGAUGCUGUGGGGGGUUUUAUGGUCCCGACUGCAGGCCGUGCCCGGGUGGGUUCUCAAAUCCAUGCUAUGGACGGGGAAGUUGCAAUGAUGGCAUCGGUGGGAAUGGGAAGUGCAUGUGUUUUUCAAAAUAUAAAGGAAUUGCUUGUCAUAUCUGCACUGAUCCCAAUAAACACGGCGAUGACUGUCAAGAAGACUGCAGAUGUGUGCAUGGAGUCUGUGACAACCGGCCAGGGAGCCGUGGAGUUUGUCAAGGAGGUCGCUGUAAUAAAGGUUACAUUGGAGAAUUCUGCGACCAACGUGCUGAACCAUGUACAUCUUUAAAUAUGACCCAAUAUUGUCAUAUUAAUGCAGUGUGUGUAUCUACAGAUAACGUGACAAGCUGUUUGUGUGGAAAUGGAUAUGAAGGCGAUGGGUCUUUCUGUCAACCUGCAGAUGAAUGCAAAAAGUCAGACAGAGGUGGUUGUUCAGAUAAUGCUAUCUGCACCAUUGCACCGACCGGAGGGGUUACCUGUCAGUGUAAUCCUGGCUGGAGUGGAGAUGGUAUAGAAUGUAUACCCAUCGACAACUGUGUCAUGGAAAAUAAAGGGAACUGCGAUGUUAAUGCUGACUGCAAAUUUACACAACCGGGACAGAAUGACUGUAUUUGUAAGAAAGGAUACACUGGCGAUGGGUACUCCUGUGACCCAGUUAAUGUGUGCUUAGAAAGCAAUGGCGGCUGUCACCAAAUGGCUACCUGUAUGCCAACUUCGGGAGGUCAGAGAACGUGCAUCUGUCCCGGUGGAUUUGCCGGGGAUGGCCUCUCCUGUUAUGCAGACGUCUUAACGGAACUUUUGAGCAUCCCAGAUGUAAGCAUUUUCAACGGAUGGAUAAAGAAUUCUCAAGUCUCCAUUUCACUCUCAAGCAAUGUCACUGCUUUAGUCCCUACUGAUGCAGCCAUUGGGGCGCUUCCGGAGAGUACUAAAAAGUUUUGGCUGGACAAGUUGCCUUUUCUAGUCAGGGCGCACUUUCUCCGAGGAGCCUUCACAUCCGAGCAACUAAAACAACAUAUUGGUCAAGAACUGGAUACGAUUGACCCAAGGACAAAGUUGGAGAUUGGUACCAUGAAUGGAAAUAUAACAGUGAAUAAAGCAAAAAUUCUUGUCCACAACAUUCCAGCUUCAAAUGGAUAUAUUUUCAUUAUCAACCAGGUUUUGACCCCACCACUUGGAGCCAUACCACCAGCGCGGCCAGGUCUCUACCAAGCAUUAGAUCGAGUUCCUGCUUUUGAACAGUUUAAGAAAGCAAUCCAGAAAAAUGGACUCAUUCAGGAAAUUGAAUCCAGCAGACAGAAAUACACAAUUCUCGUGCCAAGCAACUCUGCUGUGACCGGGUUUUACAAUCAAUCUGAAUUGACCUCUUUGGAAAACAGCACAAUAAAAUAUCAUGUUAUUCUUGGAGAGAAAUUAGCCCCUUCAGACAUAAGAGAUGGAAUGCACCGGAGCAGCAUGCUGGGAAUGUCUUACUGGUUGAUGUUUUAUAAAAGUUACAACCAGACAUUCGUUCAUGACGUUCCCCUGGACGGCAGCUUUUUCGAAACAGAUAACGGAAUGCUGAUGGGAAUAUCUGAAGUGCUAAAAAUCGUAAAGAAUCGAUGUGACAUCAUUCGCAGUAUAGUAAACAAGACAAAAUGUGGUCCUUGUAAUGCAGGAAUUCGAUGUCCAGAGGACACAGUUCUUAAGGAACCGUUAGGCAUAGGAUCAGGGGUGUGUACAUAUAAAAGAAGAAGUCGGACCACGGUUGGUUGCAGGUUCAGCUGCGUUUCUUUCACAACUGUUCUUCAGUGUUGUGAAGGCUUUUAUGGACACCAGUGUCUAGCAUGCCCAGGUGGACUGAACAACACCUGUUCAAACAAUGGAAAAUGCAGACAUGGGAUUUAUGGAACUGGAGACUGUAUAUGCAAAGAAGGUUUUCAUGGAACGGCUUGUGAAACCUGUGAAGCUGGAAAAUAUGGGAAAAACUGCCAAACUGAAUGUGACUGUAUUCAUGGAAUAUGUAAUGAUGGACUUCAUGGGGAUGGCUUCUGUCAUUGUGAUAAAGGCUGGACUGGUUUCGCCUGUGACGUAGAUAUCAAAAAAGAUUUGUGCAAUGGCAGCUGCAGUUUAUAUGCCAACUGCAUUGCAGAUACUACAGAUUCAGCUGUGAGAUGCUCGUGCAUUGCUGGCUAUGUAGGAAAUGGAACACAUUGCACAGAAAUGGAUCCCUGCACCGUGAACAAUGGGGGAUGCUCCAAGUAUGCAAAGUGUGCUAAAGCUCCCUUCGGACUGGCGCGUUGUACCUGUUUUGAUGACUAUACUGGAGAUGGGCUCUUCUGUUAUGAAAUUGAUCCAUGUGUGAGGAGAUAUACUGGCUGUCAUAUCUUUGCAGAAUGCGUUAAAACUGGGCCAAACAAGGCUGCCUGCACUUGCCGCCGGGGAUUUGAAGGAAAUGGUACACAUUGUGAAGAGAUCGACAUUUGCAAAGAGAAUAAUGGAGGAUGUAGCCCACAUGCAUUAUGCAGACAUUAUGGCCUAUCGAGACGCUUCUGCUAUUGUAACACGGGAUUCUUUGGGGAUGGCAUAAUCUGCGAAGGAAAAAUUAUGCAGGUGCUUCGUUAUAAUACAGAAGCAAAUCGUUUCGAGUCUCUUCUCCAGCGCAACAACAUUUUCGAUUUAUCUGAAGAAGGACCUUUCACAGUAUUUGCGCCAGAGAACCAGGUUAUUGAAAACCACACCACGAUUGAAGAUUGGACGAGAAAGAAUAUUAUUUCGCAUUUACUCCGCUACCAUCUAGUAGGCUGCCAAAAGUUACUUAUUGACGAUCUUCAGAAUAUAUCAUCCUUAACUACAAUUUCUGGUGGUACGAUUAGAUUAUCUAUAAAGAAUGGUGAAGUGUACUUAAAUGAUUUUGCAAGAAUAACUAAGAGUGAUAAGAUGGCAAAAAAUGGAGUUAUCCACGUAAUUGACCAGGUUUUGAUCCCAGAAGUUCCUAUAAACGGUUCAGAGAAUUUAAAUAUAAGUGAAGCUGCUGAGUUAUACGGCUACUCUAAAUUCAUCCAGCUUCUGCAGACUGCCAAUCUGAUGCCUGUGGUUCAGGACAAAAUUCAUCAACCUAUCACAGUGUUGUGGCCUACGGACAAAGCGUUUGAUUCUCUUCCCAAAGAACAAAAGAAAUGGUUGUACCAUGAAGACCACAAAGACAAGUUGGAGGCUUAUCUAAAAGCCCAUAUUAUACGGGGUACAAUGAUUUCUUCAUCACGCCUACCUGAAAUUAAAUCACAGAGGACACUAUAUGGAUCCACUAUUUCCUUUCAGUGCAGCUCCACCAAGAAAGGAGAUAUAUUUGUUAAUGAUAAUAAUGCUAAAAUCAUCCAAAGAGACAUGGAGUUUAUUGGUGGGAUUGCCCACGGGAUUGAUCAGGUGCUGGAGCCUCCCAACCUUGGAGCCCGCUGUGACGAAUUUAAUGCAUUAAUUAUACCACCAAAUCAUUUUGGUUGCACCUUCUGUGGCAUGGAGAGGCCUUGUCCUUCUGGAUCCAUUGAUAAGGGGGAGACGGAGGGUUGCCACACUCCGAGGUAUAACGAACAUUUUCACUCUGUAUAUUUUGACAAUUUGAGAACACUACCACUGCGCUGCAGAAGAAAGUGUUACACCAUGACUUGGGUCCCCCGCUGCUGUAAAAACCAUUACGGAGGAGAUUGCCAUGUGUGCCCGGGAGGGCUGCAGGCUCCAUGCAGUAAUCAUGGAACGUGUGAUGAUGGAAUGGUAGGAAAUGGAAAGUGCUCUUGUUCACUAGGAUUCAGUGGGACAGCUUGUGAAAUCUGUGCUUCCAACAGAUACGGCCCAAAUUGUACAGAAUGUACAUGCGCUAAGAAUGGUCAGUGUAAUGAUGGAAUUUCUGGAGAUGGAUCCUGUUUCUGCACUGAAGGAUGGUCUGGUCAAAAAUGUGAAAUCAAACUGGCAACUACUCCAGUCUGCUCUCCAAAAUGUGAUGCUAAUGCCACAUGCAGAGUCAAUAAUCAAUGUGAAUGUAACCUGUUUUACGAGGGAGAUGGGAGAACAUGCAGUGUGAUUGACCAGUGUGGUGCCUCCAAUGGUGGCUGCAGCAUUCAUGCCAAGUGCUCCCAGUUUGGAACAAAGAUCUCAUGUGAGUGCUUUCCGGAGUAUGAAGGAGAUGGUUUUGUCUGCGCUCCAAUCAAUCUCUGCGCUAAUGGUGAAAAUGGCGGCUGCAGCGAGCAUGCGACGUGCAUUUAUACUGGUCCAAAAACACGAAGAUGUGAAUGUCAUGAAGGUUAUGUUGGUAAUGGGGUACAGUGCCUAGAAAAAGCUAUUCCACCCGUGGACCGCUGUCUUGAAAAAAAUGGGGAAUGUGAUUCUCUGGCAACCUGCUCAGAUUUGCAUUUUGAAGAAAAAACUGCUGGCGUUUUUCACUUGCAGUCACCUAAAGGUAAAUAUAAGUAUACCUAUGAAGAGGCAGAAAGCGCCUGUGCGUCAGAGGGAGCCAGCAUUGCCACCUUCCAGCAGAUCUCUGCUGCUCAGCAGUUGGGUUAUCACCUGUGCCUGGUUGGAUGGCUCUACAACAGGACAGCUGGUUAUCCCACAGUGUAUCCCAGCGCAAACUGUGGGUCAAAUCAUGUUGGAAUUGUCGACUAUAAUCAGCGGGUAAAUAAGGGAGACACAUGGGACGUAUACUGUUACCGUUUACAAGACACACGAUGUGAAUGUCCUGUUGGCUACGUAGGUGAUGGGAGUUUCUGCAAUGGAAACCUGCUGCAAGUUUUGGAGGCUAAUCCGAAACUAUCAAAAUUUUACUCGAUGGUUCUCGACUAUGGACUGAUCAACUCCCAGGGUUCAGUGUUUGUAGACAUCCUAUCAAACCGAACUUCAUAUAAAACCCUGUUUGUUCCAGAUGAUAACAGCUUGGAUGAUAAUGUGACUUUAACAUGGCGGGACUUGGAGCAUCACCUUUCUAAACUGGACAUAUUAGUGCCAUACACAAAUCUGACACAUGGGAGUACUGUGCUUUCCAAUCUAGGCUACAACCUUUCCAUCUCACAUACUAAUUGUUCCACAGCCCUGUGUCCGAAGGUUGUAAAUGAAAAUGUGAUUCUUCACUGGGAUAUCCCGGCCUUCAAUGGAAUCAUCCAUAUAAUCAAAGGACCAUUGAUUGCGCCGCCUAUGCAGGACAUAACAGAUAGCCAAAUCUCUCACCCCGUUAGUACAGCAUUGGUCACAGUCCUCAUCUUGUUGACUGUGGCUGCCGCGGCUGCUGGAUACAUCUACUACAGGAAGAACCCGAGGAGAUUUUAUUUCAGGAAACUUAAGGAGGAAGAGGACAAUGAACUAAAUGUACAAAAUCCACCAUUGGUGACCAUCCCUAAUCCAGUAUAUGGUGGCAGCAGAGCCUUCUUAGCCCAGCCUGAUGAUCCAUGUAACAAUGAAUAUGACAGUUCUGAUGACUGCACCAUCCUUCAUUAAGCCUCAAAAUAAUGAAAUAGUUUACAAGUUCUUUGGUUUCCUACCUAACGAGAUUGAGGUCGGGGGACUACUUAGGGAGACGUCCUCUAAAAAUGUAUCAUUCAUGUUUACAUAUAUAAAUAUUUGUAAAUGAAUCAAUAUGUAUAUAAAUAUAUUACAAAGAGCUGCAAAGAAUUAUGCGACAUGGGUAUAUUUAAGAAAAGAAUCUUGAACACUAAAUAAGAAUAGCUGAGAUACGAGUCCCACCAAGCCCCCAUUUGGGAGUAAUACCAAUAAAUGUGCUGUAUGAGUG